UGUUGUGUGUACGUACAAAGCGACAUAGGUUUUUCAGCUGACGGCUGUGUAGUCAAGAUGGCUUCCGCUGAGCAAGUCGGCCUGAACAAAACGUGGGAAUUAUCGCUUUACGAGUUGCACCGUACGCCUCAGGAUGCAAUCACUGACAACACGGAAAUCGCUGUCAGUCCCCGAAGUUUGCACAGCGAGCUCAUGUGUCCAAUUUGCCUGGAUAUGCUUAAAAAGACUAUGACUACCAAAGAGUGCCUGCAUCGUUUUUGUUCCGAUUGUAUUAUUACGGCGCUCAGAAGCGGUAAUAAGGAAUGCCCGACAUGCAGGAAAAAACUGGUAUCUAAGAGGUCGCUCAGACCAGAUCCUAAUUUUGAUCUACUGAUUUCCAAAAUAUAUCCCAGUCGUGAUGAAUACGAGGCGCAUCAAGAAAGAGUAUUAGAGAAACUGAGCAAGUCGCACUCACAGGUGGCACUGGUCAAUUCUAUUACAGAGGGUAUCAAACUGCAAAGCCAAAAUCGGUCACAAAGGUCUAGGAAGAAUGCCAAUGAGUCAGAGAAUGCUAGCAACGCAACGUCCUACAAUAAUUCACAAAAUGCCAGUGCCCCAGCCACGCCGAAUGCUACGAACGCAGCAAAUCAGAGUGACUCUUCUCAAAGUACCACAGGCCCAUUGAAUAAUAGUAGUGGAGGCACAACAUCUAGAAAUUCUACCACACCGUCACCAAAUCCAGCAAAUCAAAUUCCUAAGCCACCGAAACGGCAGAAAAGUUUACAAAAUUCCGAAAACGACUCGUCCAGUGCAGAAGCUGAAACCGGUGGUGGUGAUUCCAUGGUAGACACCGAAGGUGAAGGUCCAAGCGAGCCUCUGAUGCUCAAUGAGAUCGAACUUGUUUUCAAACCACAUCCUACAGAGAUGGCCGGUGAUAAUUCGCUCAUAAAAGCUUUGAAAGAAAAUAGCAUUCGGUACAUUAAAACAACGGCGAAUGCGACAGUGGAUCAUCUAAGCAAGUACCUGGCCAUGCGUCUAACGUUAGAUCUAGACACAGAAUUGUCGGAAUCAGACAGGCUAUUGAACUUUUGUAUCUACAUAGCACCGUCUCCUGGUCAGUUGGUAGUUUUAAGCGGCUCUCAGACAUUAAGGCAGCGAUUUAUUCUAAAUGCAACAGAGUUCAGUAUCUUGGAUAUACAAACUGCCAUUCACCAGAUUGCAUUGGAUUAUGAAUGGGUCGAUAGAUUUUUCGUGAACCGUGUAUAA